CGGGUGGGGAUUGGGGAUGGGGUCCCCCCUCGCACCCCAGUCCCGCCGCCCUCCGAGGCUGAGCCGGUGCUCCCGGGGGAGCGUGGAUUUCAAUCCAGCAGUGUCCCGUCACGGCCGCUCCGGGGUUGCAUUGUCCCACGCACAGCGGUUUAUUAACCAUCCCGGUUAAUGUUAUUGAUUCCUCACCCCAGCGGCAGAAUGAAGAGCCAGGACAGCGAGGGUCGGUGGAGCAGAAGGGAAUGGGCUUCGUCCCCCGCCCAGCCCAGGGGCGGUGCGGCCGGGGCUCUGGCCCUCGUCGCUCGCCCAGCGUUUGCUGGCGCAGGGGGAAAGCAGUCCCUCGGGGGGAAAGCUGUUGCUCAGUGGUUUGUGGGGACCUGGCGCCAUGUGGGGCCCGCUGCUCUGCGGGGGCUGGCUGCUGGCCACUGGCUACCUGGCAGGUGCCGCGGGCGGCUGCUGGCACCGGUGCUGCCCGGGCAGGAACAAUGCCUGCUGGGCCCCGGGCGCCCGCCGGGCUCGCUGCUACUGCGACUCAUACUGCGAGAGGACGGGCGACUGCUGUGAGGACUACCGUGCCGCGUGCCGCCACGCCGCGGUGGGCUGCGCGGUGGGGCCGUGGGGGCCGUGGAGCGAGUGCAGCUCCCCAUGCGGUGUCGGCAGCAAGGCCCGCAGCCGCCAGGUCACCGUCCCGCCACGGCACGGAGGGGAGCCCUGUCCCGACCUCAAGCAGCGUCGCGGCUGCCUAGGGGAGCACCCGACCUGCGGGACGGCCAAAGAGGUGGCCAAGAUAUUACCUGACUCCUUCGGCCGGGACUUCAGGGAUCCCUGGCGAAGAGCUGGGCUGCUGCUGUCAGAGGAGCCAUCCAGCUCCCCCCUCCCCAGCUACUGCGGCUAUUUCCGCCUGACGCAGGUAGGGCCCCCCUGCCGUGGGCAAGCCUGGAGCCGCCAGCUGCACCGGGACAAGCGGGUGUGCGUCGAGUGCCAGGGGGACGCGUCCCACCGCCAUCCCCAUUGCACCGGACACGGGUUGCAAGGAGUCAGGACGUUUUGGGUGGCCGCCUCCGUGGCGGGGUGCCAGGGCUCAUGGGUGCAGGAGGGGCUGCAGGAGGGUUGUGCCUGCUCCCCGCCGGCUCUCAUCUUCGUGUAGCAUCCCCUGGGGAAGGCUUGCUGUUCGCCCUUGGAACUGACUCCCCACGGUUUUGUUGUGGUUUAAUCUGGCAGGCAGCUAAAGCAACCACACAGCCACUCGCUCACACACCCCCAGCGGGAUGGGGGAGAGAAUCGAAAAGGAAAAAAAAAAAAGGUAAAACUCACGGGCUGAGAUAAAGACAGUUUAAUGAGUAAAGCAAAAGCUGUGUGCACAAGCAAAGCAAGACAAGGAAUUCAUUCCCCGUUUCCCAUGGGCAGGCAGGUGUCAGCCAUCCCCAGGAAAGCAGGGCUCCAUCACGUGUAACGGUUACUUGGGAAGACAAACGCCAUCACUCCAAACAUCUCCUCCUCCCUUCUUCUUCCCCCAGCUUCAUAUGCUGAGCAUGACGUCAUAUGGUAUGGAACAUCCCUUUGGUCCUUGGGGUCAGCUGCCCCGGCUGUGUCCCCUCCCAACCCCUUGUGCACCCCCAGCUACUCGCUGGUGGGGUGGGGUGAGGAGCAGAAAAGGCCUUGGCUCUGUGUAAGCACUGCUCAGCAGGAACGAAAACAUCUCUAUAUUAUAAUCAAGGCAGUUUUCAGCACAAAUCCAAAACACAGCCCCAUACCAGCUACUAUGGAGAAAAUUAACUCUAUCCCAGCCAAACCCAGCCCAUUCUCCACCCCUUAUUCUAUACCAUUUAUGUCAUGCUCAGGUACCGCACUAUCCAAUACCACCUCAGCAACCCCCCCCACCCCCUUCCCAUCCUUUGAUACAAUACACAGAUAUCAUCCCCUUAGUCUGUGGACCACCCUUGUUCAAUAUCUUUAAAAUGUCCACAAAUGUCCACUGAGUUAAUCUGGCCCCUGACUUUGGGCUCCCUCUGUUACGGUGGUCACUGAGGACAGGAGGGGUGGUGUGUUGUCUGGAGUUACUGGGCACCAAAACCAGCUCAGGUCAGGUCGCUGCUGUGCUUGCACUGCUUCUUGUAAGGCUUGUCCUCCCUUUGGUCAGGUGGUUCCUGCUACAGUAAUUUCUAUAAUGCGUAACUCGAAUCCCGGGUUACAACAAUUUAAAGGUAUUUCCAUUACAAUAUCCACCCCUGGUCCCUUUGGGCCAGACCAUCAGGUUUAACAUUGCAAUGAACUUCUCCCCUCACCCCUGCUCCGGCUUGGACUUAUCCACAGACUGCAGUCCCUUAGGGGCGUACCUGCUCCAAGGGGAGUCUUAUCUACGCGCCAGUCUCUUCAGGGUACACCUGCUGCGGCAUAGACUUGUCCACAGUUGCUCUGAGGUGCACUUGUUCCAGCAUGGCCUUAUCCACAGCCACAGUCCCUUCAGAAGUAAACCUGCUCCAACAUGGCCUUAGCCGUGGCUGCAGUCCCUCCAGGGGUGUACCUGCUCCGCUGCGGGCUUAUCUGUGGCCACAUGCUUUGAGGUGCUUCGGCAUGACCUCACGCACAGCCACUGAUGCUUAAAGGUGUACCUGCUGCAGCGUGGACUUAUCCACAGCCAUGGAUGUUUCAAGGUGUACCUGCUGCAGCGUGGACUUCCCCUUGGGCCACAAUCCCGUCAGAGGUGUACCUGCUGCGGCACAGACACAACCAUGGCCACAGACACUUCAAGAUGUAUCUGCUCUGGCGUGGACUUAUUCGCGGCCACAGAUGCUUCAGGCUGUCCUGCUCCCACGUGGCCUCAUCCGCAGGUCACAGUCCUUUCGACUCGAGUGCGCGCAGGAGUUCCAGCCUGUCCGGGACAGCAGCACAGGAACAGCAGCGAUGCCCGGGCCAUCUGCCAGCCCAGGCGCAUCGCCAUCGCCAUUAUCAGAAUGUUCCCAGGCACAGCGCGCUGAGAUGAUAAGUGCACAGCGUUACGGCGAGCAGCCAAAGCACAAAGCAGCCACUAACGAGCACUAGGCUUUACAGUAAGGCAAGCAAGCCCAGAAGCCUGCCAAUUAAUAGCUAAUCAGCAUAACGGUUACAAAU